UGCUGGUGGUUAGAUCGUGUAUGAGGUUUUUGACAUUAUUUUCCUAGAACAGAAAGAUUACAUAACAGGGCUGGCAGCCUAUAAAAAUUUCCUCACUCAUCAUGGGCAGGAAACAGGUUAGCUUUCUUAGAAGGCAGUCGAAGGUUGUAGCUGCCCAGAGAAAAAAAUCUGGGGAUAAAUGACUUCUCUGGGAAGUAGCUGAUAAACUUCUACCUGAAACACCACCUUGCACAGAGGAGUUGCUAUCGCUCUUCUCCUAUAGUAUUUUCAGUAUCUGGAUCUGCUUGGAUCAUGAGGAAGGCGAUGUAUUCCUGGGGGACCUUCACAGGAAGAGACAAGUGGGAGAAAGGGGCAGGUGAAAAUGCAAGGAUGCUUCCCAAGGCUGGGCAUGAGGAAAGAAAGAAGCUGGAAACAAAGAGAAAAAGAAAACUAAAAACUGUGGCAGGCAAAUUACUAAAGGCUGUGGCUAGUGGGAAAGAGAUAGCAGCAAAGAAGGCUGAAAGUGAACAUGUGGCUGGGAAUUUGCUGAAGAUGGGAACAAACAGGAAGGAAGCGGAGGGAGAGACGCCUGCAGAGGAAACCGUCUGUGAAUUCAUUGAGCAAGGAAAAUUUUUUCAAGCUUGUAAUUGUAUUUCUGAUCUGGAGCAUUCUGCAAGUGAUGCUGUGGGGAAGUCUGAGUCACUUUAUAUGCUGCUGGCCGAGCGAAUGUGGGCCGUGGUGGGAGAAGCCCUCCAUGGAAGUGACAGGGUGCUCCUGGAGCCGCUGCAGUCGGUGGGUGAAUCGCUGGCGUGGGAGAAGCAGAAGGAAGAGGAGUGGCUUGGCCGUGACCAGGAGAUGGAGUCCGUCUCCACCUGGCACCCAAACUUCUGGAAGAAAGAUCUGGAGGAGAAACUGACGCAGUACAUGGCAGCCCAGAUUCCCCGCUUUGUUCCCACGAGUAACACCGAUGAGGCUGCACUAAAGCAGCACCUGAGUCAGCUGGAAACAACAUUUCUUCCCAACCUGGAACACAAAAGCGGUUUCUUCAGGGAAGCAGGACUGCUCGUCACAUAUGCCCGGUGCUGCCAUGCCUCUCUGUCCUCUCACCUGUCCACCCUUACUGACAAUAGGCACUGCACCUUCAGCCAAUGUCUUGUAGUUUAUGAGUGGUGCCUUAAGAUGUACAAAAGCAGCAGCGGGACGUGCCUGAGACCCAGGCAGACCUCCCAGCACAGCCUUGCCCUUGAUGUACAGAGUCUCGUGUGGAUCAUUUUGAAGACAGAGGAAAAGUUACUUGCAGUCACCCGGAAGGAAGUAGGGAAAGCCCUGGAAGAAGCUUUUGAGAUUGGGAAAACCCCUUGUGCAGAUGCUGCAGUUGUUCAGAUAUUCAGAGAGAAGAUGGAGGCUGCCCAGCACAUCAGCGAGAGCCUAAGCGAGAAGGUGGAAGCUGUGUGCCUGGAGGAGUGCCUGAGCUUCCUGCAGAGCUAUGAAAAUGAAGUAAGAAACUUUCUCCAGAUUGAUGGCUGCCCUGGGAUCUCCAGCAGCUUACGGAUCCUCGAGAACUGCUGCAUUCUCAGAACCGCCUGGUGUAAGCUGACACACAUUUGCAGUGCCAGCACUGGUCAGGAUGCUAAGGUGAAAGGAUUUCUAUACAGGAUGGAAGAUGAGGUUACAGAGCAUUUUCUGCAGACAGUCGCUUCUAGAGUCAAGGAAACACUGAAGGAUCACUUCAGAAAAUGUGACAGUGGUUUCAACCACAUCCUUGAAUCCUUAAAGCAAAGCUUUUUGGCAUUUGGGAAGAAAAAAACAGACAUAUAUGAGGCCCUCGUCAAGUCCGUGAACAUCAUCAUUAUUGCAGAAUAUGUGCAAGCCCUCCUGACCACUUCCAGGAAACCAUCUUCUGAGCAGAGGAAGAGGAUUGUCAGCAAGAUAGAAGAAGAUCACAGGACGCUGCAAACCAUCUUUAAAGAGUGCUUAGGUCCCGCAGCUGGUGCCCUCAAGGAUCCCAUAAAAGCAAUUUUAGAACUUAUUCAAACUUCCGAUGCCGAGGGGAUGAAAAUAGCCCUGCUGCCCAUUCUCAAAGAAUUUCCCGACCUAAGGGAAGAACAUCUGAGUGCCGUGUUGGACAUCAAAGACUCGCUCAGCCGAGAAGACAGAGCUGCUCUCUUGAAGGCAUUUCACGAUAAUUGUGGGGAAACAGAGUCAGAAGCAACCUUGCUUUUUGCAGAUAUAGAAGUAAAACCUAGAAAAUAUGGACUCUGUGGCUGCUUCUGUUGUUAACAAAGGCCCCCUGUGAGAAACACGAGGUUCUCCCUCCCAUGUGGCAGCAUCUGCGAUCACAGCUCCUUGAGAGCUUUGGGGACUUGUGCAGCCGGAUGCACGAAGAUGCCUGGCAGCUAUGGAAGACAGAAUUCCUGCGCUUCUGCAGGAAAACCACACAGCCCAAAUCCUAAUCUAUGCAAAGUCCAGGUGGAAGAUGAUUGGGGUAUGGCAGAAAGACAUUCCUUCAAAAUUGCCUGGAGAUUGCUGCUUAGCAGAGUCCCGGUGGUUAUUCCAGGCUGUGGCACCACGGCGUGUAGAGGAGGAAAGUUCCUCCCUGCCAAAUUUUCAUCUUCCCUCCCUUGUUUCACACAGUCUUGCAUGUAACGAGGGACUGUUGCACCAUGCGGUGUCCUAGCAGAUUACAUGGCAUUGCAACCUGCCCCAUGACCCAGGACCCACUGUCAGGACAUCCUGCCUAGCCUAUGGGAGCACGGAACGUGGACAUGGGGCAGGCUGGGGCUGUGGGCUUGGGCACAUGGAUCCAGCCCCCAUAAAGCUGAGGGGGCUGCCCCUUUCCCUCGCUCCAGACAUGCGAAGGCUGCGAUCUGCUUUGGGGGCAGCCUGCCUGGGGGAAAUGCAGCCUCUCCCUUCUCAAAACAAGGUUGAAAGCCCCAAGAGUAGGAGCAGGGGACAGCACUUGGCCUUGUGUCAUUUCUUUUCAGGCUGUAGGAUGCGUGCAGCCUGACAUGGCUCACGGCAGCCUCCCUGCUGUGCUGGCUGUGGGACGGGGAGCUCAUCUCAUAUGAGUUUCACAGCUGGCUCUGGAGCAGAGUUUUGCAUUCAUUUUUAUACCUCAGUUUUCUGGAAAUUUCCUCCUGCUGUGGAAAGCAGCUCCUUUGGAGAGGGAGUAGAAAGCUUCAUGGGAAGUGGGCAGUGAAAGGAGUUGUUUGUCCCAGCCUCUGGGCAAGGUCUGUGCUGUUUUCAGAUGUAAAUAGGCAGUUCCUCUGGGGAAAACACCAAGUUUUCUUUCUAGUUAUCUAUGGGCUGGCCACAACCUCCGAGCUGGAUUUGGUUCAAGGCCCUCCUUUGCUAUUGUGUUAAUUUAGGUCAUUACUGUCCUGCUCUUCUCUGGCCGUUGUAAACAAGCGAAAAAGCUCUGCUACCUCAGACGUGCUGGUGCUUUUCUGAGUCCUGUUCGAACACAGUUUCUCCCCCUCAUCUCCUGGCACCAAAAGGGGUUCUUGCUUAACAAGAAGAGGGGCUGGUUUGUGAGGAUGGGGACGUGUCUGGCUUGGGGACUGUGGGUUGGUGCAGGCCUGUGUGGGUACUGCCAUGCUUUGUAGAGCCAUGCCAUGCCAUGCCAUGGCCUGCGAACCUGAGGGAGCAGGAGCAGGUUUCUGAUUGCCAUGAGCAUUGCUUCUGGCACAGCGCUGAGCGUGUGAGUCACAGGCCCAGGAAGGAGCAGGCUGAAUCACCAGGAAGCACUGUGGGCUCUCAGUUGGGCAUCGUGGUAAUCCGUCAUUAAAAGCAGGACCAAAGCGUUGGGUGGACGCCCAUGGCCUGCCUGCCCUUCCUGACUGCACAUCUGCUUCUAGGGCCCAACUGAGGCACCUCUCAUGCUUUAUAACUGCCCUGCAUGGUUCAGUUACACAUUUCCAGGACAUGGAAAGGCUCGGUGAGGCUGGCGAGGAGCUGCAGCCUGGCAGGGUGGGUGCGGGAGGGCUUUGUGGGGUGGUGGGUGCCUGUCACCAUGUGCAGUGCUGCGCUUGAAGCAGUGACGGCCCUGUCAGGCAGGCCGGGUCAUUCAUCCUCCUGUGCUGCCUAAUUGCACAUUUUUUCAAGGGCAGGAAGUGAUUACAGCCCCAACUUUGUGACAACAGGAUUAGAGUCAGCCUGUGUUUAUUGGAAUUUCAAUCAACGAACCUUCCAGAGGAAAUAAAUAAAAACCCCUCUGACAUUUUGAUCGCGUCUGGUCUAAAAAUAAUUCCACCGCACUUGAAAGAUUCCUGCCACAGACGUUUUGAUUGCUGCAUGCAUCUCCUGGGUUUGACAUUCACAGGCACCAAAGGGUAUUUUCCGCUGGCUGGCCGGGGCUGGGAGCCCUCGGGGAUGCCUGGCUUUCCACCGGCGUGUGGUGUCCAGGUGGCAUCUCCUGCUCUGCACGUGUGUGUAGAAUGAACACCCCUUUCCGUGCGGUUUCUUAAUGGCAAAUUUCUCCACCCUGUGCAUGGCAUUAAGUCGUGGACAGGGCAAAUAAAGGCUUCAGUUCAGAAAGA